GGUGCAACUCCAUGCAGUCGCAUCAUGCAAUAUCAAAAACAGUUUCACAGAUAAUAGAAGAUCUUCGAUAUUAUCCCACUUCAAUAGAGCAAUUACGGGAUGUCGCUUACGAUAUUUUCACAGAUCCUGUGUCUGUUUACCCCGGAGUACCUAGCGAAGUAAUUUAGUUUUGAAAGUUGCUGAAGCAAGUUUGCUAGUAUUCAGCAUUACUCUUUCUGGUGAUGGUAGUUCGUCCCAGAUUGCUUUUACUGCAAUGGUAAUCUCCCAGGGGCUGUAACGUUUGGAAAAGUAAAUUCAAUGCUGGCUUGAGCCAUCCCAGCUUGUCUUGGGCAUGGCAUCAUAUAUACACAGGAGCCAUUAUAAUUCUCCCAAGACCAUCAAGUACGUCCUCUUUUCUUUACUAAUAGCGGUGGGUCCCAAACGGUGAAGCAACAACUCUGCAUAGCAACCUACCGAAAGUACGACCAAAGAACUCACGAUCUUCGCAAUGACAGUUCCGCUCACAGAGAAGGGCCAGCAAUUGCUCGGGGUCUUGUGGAUGGAAGUCGUCCUUUCAUUGUGCUUUAUUGGUCUCCGGUUGUAUACGCGCAAAUUUAUUGGUGGUGCGCCAGGUGUAGAUGAUUAUCUUUUGAUACUGAGCUGGGCUUUAAUGACAGCUUUCGCGGCAUGCAUAUCCCGAUCAGUAGCAUAUGGCAUGGGAACACACGCGGCAGCAUUGACUGUUGCGGAUAAUUCUCAUGGCAUAUUAUGGCUUCUAAUAGGCCAGUUUAUCAUUGCAAUUGCUAUGGGAAUAAGCAAGUGUGCUGUAGCAGUCUUUUUACUACGAAUUGUGAACCAAACAUGGCAUAAAAUAUUACUGUACUUUUGGAUUGUGACUAUCCUGGUAUUGAGUUUCUUGCUAGCCAUUGCUGUGUUUGCGCAAUGUACUCCAGUUCAGUCUAUCUGGGAUCCUACUGUUGAGGGUACCUGCACGCUGAGUUUGACUGUUAUAGCGAAAGUUAUGUGCUCUUGGUCUGCAGCGAUGGACUUCUUCCUUGCGGGCUUCCCUUGGGUGGUAAUCUGGGGUCUCAAUAUGAAGCAAAAAGAAAAGAUCACCAUUUGUGUUUCUUUGAGUCUGGGUAUUCUUGCUGGUAUAUGCGGUGUAGUCCGCACAACAACCUUGGAUGCUCUUAUGGAGACUUCUGAUUAUCUAUAUGCUGUUAGUGAUUCCGUCAUGUGGACCAUGUCCGAGCUUUGUGCUACUGUUAUCUGCGUCACCAUUCCCGCCCUUCGACCCCUCUACAACCGGAUAACAGGAGGAAGUUCAACUGGCGGGCCUUAUCAAAACUACGACUACGGCAACCACAAGUCUGGAGCUGGAGCUGCAGCUGGCGACUAUAAUUUAAAAUCUUUGAACCGAGGAAACAAGGAGACAACUCAUUACGGUGUCGAAGUAACUCGAGGAGGCACGGAUAACGAUACUGAUAGCGAUACUUGCAUUCUCACACCACCAACAGCAGAUGAUCUGAAAGAUGGUGGAAUUCAGCGCCAUCGUGAGGUUACGGUUACUUACGAAGACGGGAUGAGUGCGACUAGCAGUAAGCAGCAUGUCUAGACCAGCAACCGGAUAGUUACUGCUUUGUGUUAAUAUUGUUUGGAUAUGCGAAAGAUACCAAUUUGUGAUUAGUACGGUCGAGUUCAAGGACAGUUUUUGCUUCUCAGACUUUAUGGGCAAUAGUCUGGUGUACAUCAGCUCUGUACGAUCCUGUAAGCUUUUGGCGUUUAUGAAAGGGUUUGUAAAAGUAUUGGAGGGGUCUCAAGGCCAAUUGUUUUCGUCAAUUCAUAUAGAACCUUAAUCGAAGGAAGAAAUUUGCCUCA